CAGCCCUGCCCGGCCCUGCCCUGCCCGGCCUGCACACACCCUGCCGUGCCCCGUGCCCUGCCGUGGCCGCCAGGGUCAUGCUGCCCCUUACUAACCCUUGUCGCGCCCCGGCCCUUUAAAUCCCCGAGUAACGAGUCUUGAGGGCGUGCGGCAACCCCGAAGGGGCGUGUGUGUGUGUGUGUGUGUGUGUGUGUGUGUGUGUGUGUGUGUGUGCCCUGCCUUGCCCUGCCCUGGGCAGUGCCCGGCGGGUCAGCCAGCGGGGGCGGCGUGCCCCGAGCCGUGUCCUCGGGGGCGGCGUGGGCGGCGGGCGCGGGCGGCGAGGCAUUGUGGGAGGCGCGGCGGCGCGUGCGCGGCGCGGCGGCGGCGGUGUAAUGUCGGAGUCAGCCGUGGCGGGCCGCGCACACCUCCCGCUGCGGGCGAAGCUACGGGCAGGCGAGGCGCGCCGUGUUGUCCUGACGGGGCGGGCGUGAGGCAGCGGCGCGGCGGCACAGCGGCAGCAGCAGACCCGGAACAGGCCGCGGCAGCAGCAGGGGGCGGCGCGCCCGUGCGUCCAUGGUGGAGGUGCAGGCGGCGGCGGGCCGAGUGUCGUGCUGACAAUUGUUGCUUCGCGUGAAACAGGUGGUGGCGGCGGGGCCAUGGCGGGCCAGGGGCAGCCCCGCGGGGACCGGCGCCCCCGCCCCUGAGGCUGCCCCUGUUGCUAUGCUCCGCGCCGUGCCAGGGCCCUGCCGCCCUGCCGCCCAGGGGCCGCCCUGACCCACCCACACCGCACACCGGCGGGGCGCCCACCCCAGGCCAUGUCCGCCCCCCAGGCAGCGCCCCCACACGGCCCCGAGGUCCCCGGGCCCCGCUGCUACCUGCUGAAGAAGGCGCCGCCCCCCCGAGAGGCAGGGGGCAAGGGGGGUGGCGCCCCCACCUCACCCACGGCCGCCGCCCCCGCCCCCCCCACACCCCCGGACAUGGCGGACCAGGAGGCCCAGACCCGUGUGUACCACGAGCUGCGCGCCGCCGACCCGUGCUUCACGUGCACCUUCCAGUACUACCCCGACCACGCCUACGCCCACCUGGCGGCCGUGCCCCCCCCGACGCCCCCCCACGCCACGCCCUCCUUCCCCCAGCCCUCCGCCACCUACCUGGCGGCGCCGCGCCCACCACCGCCCCAUCAGCCCGCCCUGUGCCUGCGGGCGGGGCAGCCGGUGGGAUCGCCGCCCCCCGCCAUGCCUCCGGCGUGCUCCCCCGCGCCCCACACCUUCACGCCGCUGCACCUCCGCCCCGUGGAGGAGACGGAGGCGGCGCACGACCUGCUGGAGCUGGCCCGCUCCGCGCCCGCCCAUACCUACCAGCCGCCCACGCCCGCGUCCUCCUGCGACUCCCUGGAGGCGCCCUCCACCAGCUACGGCGAGGCGGCGGCGGCGGCGGCGGCGGCGUCUGCAGCGGCGGCGGCAUCGGCGGCGGCGACGACGACGGUGGCGGUGGCGUGCGAGGCGGGCGAGGAGCUGCCCGAGGACGGCGAGGUCAGCCUGACGGCCACGCCCACGCCCUCGCCAGCCGGCAGCAGCGACGCCGAGAACGUGGCGCCCGUGGCGCUGGGGCUGGACGACGGGCGCUCGCGCGUGCGGACGGGGCGCAGCGAGAGCACGCGCGUGGGUCGCCACAAGCCGCGCUACACGUGCUCGGAGUGCGGCAAGCACUACGCCACCUCGUCCAACCUGUCCCGCCACAAGCAGACGCACCGCGACCUGGACUCGGGCAGCGCGCGCCGCUGCCACGUGUGCGGCAAGGCGUACGUCAGCAUGCCCGCGCUGGCCAUGCACGUGCUGACGCACAGCCUGACGCACCGCUGCGGCGUCUGCGGCAAGGCCUUCUCGCGGCCCUGGCUGCUGCAGGGACACAUGCGCUCUCACACGGGGGAGAAGCCGUUCGGCUGCGCGCACUGCGGCAAGUCCUUCGCCGACCGCUCCAACCUGCGCGCGCACAUGCAGACCCACUCCCAGCUCAAGAACUUCAGGUGCAAACGCUGCAACAAGUCCUUCGCCCUCAAGUCGUACCUCAACAAGCACUACGAGUCGGCGUGCUUCCGUGACGGGGCGUGCGGCGAGGCGUGCCCCAGCCCCGGCCCGUGACGGGGCCGCCGCGCCGCACGCGUCGGGCCGCUCUUCCACCGCGCCGCCUCGCACCGGAGACAAAAACAAAGUGCUUUAAUUUGCUCUGUAAAUCUCUAUUUUACUCCAGCAUUGUGAUCUGUGAUGACGCGGCGCCGUGUGCGUGCGUGAGUGUGUGUGUGCGUGCCUGUGUGCGUGCGUGUGCGUGUGUGUGCGCGUGGGCGCGCGGCGCCGCCUGGAGCACCACCACCGCCACUCCUUCACUAAAGUCUCGACGCCAAGUUUUCAAGAUUUUAGAAACACAAACACCCCGGCAUGCGGCGCCCCGCCCCGCCCCGCCCGCCCUGGGGCGCCCCGCGGGGCCCGGGCGGCGGGAGCGGGGGCGGCGCCCCCCCGGGCAGGCGACGCACCGCUGAGUGACUCUGUACAUGAUUAUUUUUUAAACUAGAGUUACUUUGUAAGCAACCGAACCGCAUUUUCAUAUUGUUACAUUUGCACAUUUUUAAGCUAGACAGACACGAGUCCGCCGCCGCGCCGCCUAGUGCUUCGCGGCGGCGGCGGCAGCCACCGCUUGUCCCGCGGCGCGCCCACACCCGCGCCGGCCCAGCCUUCACGCCGCCACACACUGGCCAGCCUUCGUCACCAGUAACCAGACCCGCCAGUCACGCGACCCCCGGAGGUCCCCCACGGCCUGGACCGUGGCUUCUUCAGCCGUGCUCAAAAUUCCGUGCAGGCCUCGGCGGGGUGUGGGCCCGGCCUCUAUACAUAGUUCUCUCUCUCCACUCUACAUACUUAUACAUACCAUUAUAUACAUACAUAUAUAUAUAUAUACACAUAGCGUUUGGUGAAUGAUCCUUUAAAAGCAAUAAAUGCAGCAAUACUUAGGUUGUUGGUCCCGCCCGGUGACGACUGUAGCAACGAGAGAAGAAAAACACAAAGACAAGGUUAUCGAGGAAGCUGAACACGGCAACACGGUAGCGAGCCAUCGGACGGCAGCGAGUUUUCUAUUGACGCGAUCCGGUGAUUUUGUGUAGAAAGAUUAUUUUUAUACGAGUAAUUGUACCAACCCAAUGUUCUGUGUUGCUCUCUCUCUCUCUCUCUCUCUCUCUCUCUCUCUCUCUCUCUCUCAAUCGUUCAUCUUUUUCUAGCUUUCAUUAUCGGUAUAUCUUGGUUUCUUUGUCUCUCUCUCUCUCUCUCUCUCUCUCGAUUACUCAUUUGGUCAACACAUUCUUAUCCUUCUCUCUCUUUAUUCCUCCCUUUAGUUCCCUUUCUUUGUUUCCUUUCUUCUUCUGUUUUUUCUUAACCAAAACAAAAAAGGAGAGAAGAAAAUAUAAAACUAGAUUUGAGAUUUGCAUGUAAGAAAAAAAAAUAUAUCAGUAAUAAUAAUAAUAAUAAUAAUAAUAAUAAUAAUAAUAAUAAUAAUAAUAAUAAUAGUUAAGCUAGACGCAGAUGGAGUUAUUUCAAUUAUUAAUCACAGCAUGACUUAAAAAAAUAAAUAAAAGUAGCGUAAAACAAUAGAUCAGUUUUAAAAUAUCACGCUUUUUUGAAAUCUGCAAAAAAAAAGUAGUUUAAAAAUAUAUAUAAAUUAAGGUCACUCAAACAAGCAAAUAAUUUUCACUCAUUUACAAAGGAAUACACAAAAGGAGCGGUGGUGUGUUCAAGCUCUUUUUUCAUUUAGGAUUUUUUGGACCUAAAUGAAAAACAAAAAAUGAAUUGGGUUUUUUGACGAUUUUCAGACCACCGCCUUCCUUUGUUUAUAUUCCAAGUUUUUCGAAGAUGUGAACUCAAAAUGAAUAGGGGAAAGGGAAAGGGGUUUAAGGAGGGCUAUAAGGGGUUUAAUUAAGGGGGGCUUUCGAUAAUGAUGAUGAUGAUGAUGAAAAACUAGGGCCAGCUUUUCCAUAAUCAAAAUAAACAAUGAUGAAGAUAAUGAAAAAUAUGUAUGUGCAAGAAUUUCAUGAUAAGAACAAUGAAAAUGCUGAUAAUAAUGAAAAGGAUGAAAGAAAGUUUGUGUUCAUAAUCAAAAUAGCAAAGAAAACGAUAAUAAAGAUUGAAAAGAAUAUAUCUAACUACUUCACAAUCAAAAUAAAGAAAAUAAUGAUGAUAAUAAUAAUGAAAAUAAUGAAAAGACUUACGUUCAUAGUGAAAAUAACAAAAAAUAAUGAUGGAAAUGAAGAGGAAGCAGAAAAAGAAGGAUAUAUUUAGCUAUUUCACAAUCAAAACAAGGAUGAUGAUGAUGAUAAUGAUAAUGAUGAUGAUGAUGGUGAUGAUGGUGAACAUGUAACCAAUUUGUCCUUUUAUUAUCCAUUUGCUUCGUCACUUUACUACUUAUAAUAAAACUCACUUCAAAUAAUAAUAAUAAUAAUAGUAAUAAUUAUAACAAAGUAAUCAAUUUAUAACCUUUUUUAGAACACAAUUUUAUCUUUGUAACAUAAAAAAACAAACCAAAAAAAACAAAAACAAAAAACAUUCAUUGUACAAAACUUUGAUAUUUUUAGACGCAAACUUGACUUAUCUUAACUUACUUACUUAAAACUUGGCUUAUAACUUGCUUGAUCUUACUUAACUGGCUUAUAUUCUUACUUGUAUUCACUUUACACUUAAUAAUCUAACUUCUGGUGUAACGAUAUAGUGCAAAUGAGUAAUAAUAGAAAUAGUGAGGAUGGGACCCUUAAGGAAAAUACUAUACUCUAAUCCGCCUAACUUGAGCUUGCGUUAUAGAAAAAGCCACGCCCACUACCUUCCCAAAUGAGUUUUUGAAGAUCAUUAAAAACAGUCAAAUUUUCACUCAUUUACAAUAGGAAUACACUAAAGACGGUGGUGAGUUAAGGUUCUAUUUUCAUUUAGGAUUUUUUGGACCUAAAUGAAAUGUAAAAAAUGAAUUGUUUUUUUUUUAAGAUAUCUAGACCACCACCUCCCGUUUUUUGUGUUCCAAGUUUUUCGAAGAUGUGAAGUCAGAUUCAAUGGGGGAAGGGGAAGGGGUUUAAGAGGGCUAAGGGGGGUUCAAAGGGGGGCUUAAAAUGAUGGUGAUGAUGGUGAUGAAAAAAAUGUGGUCAGUUAUUUCCAUAAUCAAAAUAACAAUGAUGAUGACUGUAAAUAUGUAUGUUCAAGAUUGUCCCGAUAAUAAUAAUAAUACCAAUGAUAAUAAUGAUAAUGAUGAAUGAAAGUUUGUAUUCCUAAACAAAAUAACAGUGAAAAUAACGAAAAUAACAAUGACAGAGACUGAAAGGCAUGUAUUUACCUAUUUCACAAUCAAAAAUAAUGAAAAUAACAAUGAAAAUAAUAACGAAAACCAUAAUGAUACCCUCUCCACCUAUCACCAAGCCCCCAAACAGCCUUACCCUUCCUUUUUUACCAAUAAGAAAAAACUUUUAUUGACGCAUUCUCAAGUUUGGGCGGAAUGGAGAAUCUCGAGGAAGGGCCCCUUAACGAAAGUACUAGUGAGGGAGGAUGAGGCCCUUAAUGAUCGAAUACAGUGAGGAUAUUAUGCAUCGUAGACUAAUAUAGGAAAAUGACUUGUAAUGUAUAUACGUCUUAGGGAAUGCUUGGAGAUAUGCUCAGCGUGUGGGUUGGUUUUAUAUUGAUGAUGAUGAUGAUGAUGAUGGUGGUGAUGAUGACUGUAUAUGAUUGUUUUGUAUUUAUUUUAGUAUUUACUGAAUCUCUUUUUAAUUUAGUUUUUGGUAAGAAUUUUGUAUUUAUUAAUUUUCUUCUGAUUGUAUUUAUUUUUUGUAUAUAUUUUAGCAUUUAUUUUCCAUUUAUUGUCUUUAUUGUACCGAUUUUUUAUUUUUUUUUAUUUUUCUAUAUUUAUUUUUUACACUGAAUAAGAUGAAGAUGAAAAAAUAAUGAAUGUGAUAAAGAAACGAUAACUGUGAAUGUAUUUAUUGUAGAUCUUAUUUAUCUAUUUAUACAUCAAUCUAUUUAUUAUUGUAUUUUGUAUUUCUUUUUGCAUUAUACGAAAAGACGAUGAAAUGCAAUGGUUGUGAGUGUUGCCGACUGUUUGGGUUCAACUUUUCCUUCUUUAUUUGUAAGUUAAAAGUGCAAUGUUAUUUUUUAUACUUGAAUGAUAGGAAGAAAUACGAGGAAAUGUUUGAAUCGUAAGAGAAAGAAAUAUUUGGAAUGUGACCACGUUCGAACUGACUUGAAACCUUUUCUUUCACUCUUCUUUGUAAGUUAUUGUGGAAGAAUUUGUAUGUUAUAAGUGCAAUCUUACUUUUAUACAAGAAUAAUAGGAAGAAAUACGAGGAAAUGUUUGAAUCGCAAAAGAGAAAGAAAUUGGAAUUAACUUUUUCUUCCUCUUUCUGUGUAAUUUAUUGUGAAAGAAUUUGUAUGUUAAAGUGCAAUCUUACUUUUUAUACACGAACGAUAGGGAGAAUUAAUGACGAAAUGCUUGUAUCGAAAAUAUGAAAAAAAGGAUAUUUGUAAUGUGACUUCCUUUUGGAACUGACAACUUUUUCUUCCUCUUUCUUUGUAAUUUAUAUUGAAAGAAUUUGUAUGUUAUAAGUGCAAUCUUACUUUUUAUACAUGAGUGAUAGGGAGAAUUAAUGGCGAAAUGCUUGUAUCGAUAAUAUGAAAAAAAGGAUAUUUGUAAUGUGACUUCGUGUGUUGGAAUUGAUUUAAAGUUUUCUUUCACUUUCUUUGUAAACCGUGAAAGAAAACGGAGAUAUGAACAACGACAACUUUGAUAAACUACUACUAUGAUAACUCUUUUUGAAUCUCGACUUACUUAACUUUUUGAUCUUGUUCCACUGUAGUAACUAUCUUGAAUUCUUACUUGCUAAUACUCUCUUAUACUUAAAUUUACUUAUAAAACGAAUUCUAAAACAUGUUCCAAUUUGACAGGCUCACUUUUUUAUUUUUUAUUCCACUGUAGUAACUAUCUUGAAUUCUUUACUUAUAACACUUACAAUUACUUAGAUUUAUACUUAUUUAUUCUUACUUAUAUAAAACUAAUAAGAUACCAUGUUCAAACUAGACUGAAUUGACUAUCUUUUUAUUCUACUGUGAAAACUAUCUUGAACUCUUUACUUAUAUUACUUACUAUUACUUAAGCAUUUACUUAUUUAUUCUUACUUAUAUAAAACUAAUAUUAUAACAUGUUUAAACUUGACUGAACGAUUUAACUUUUUUUUCUUAUUCCACUUGUAAAUACUAUCUUGAAUUCUUUACUGAUCUUACUUAUAAAAACUUAUAUUUACUUAUCCUUAUACCAACUUACAUAAAACUGACCAAUAUUGUAACAUGUUCAAACUUGCCUGAAUGGAUUAACUUUUUUUUUCUUAUUCCACUUGUAAAAACUAUCUUGAAUUCCUUACUUAUCAUACUUAUACUAACUUAAAUUUACUUAGACUUUCUUAAACUUAAACUACUUAUAAAAAAAACUGAGCUCUUCUUUAUUCCACUUAAAAAAAAAACUAUCUUGAAUUCUGUACUUAUCAUACUUAUACUAACUUAAACUUACUUAGACUUUCUUAAACUUAAACUACUUAUAAAAAAAACUGAGCUCUUCUUUAUUCCACUUAAAAAAAAAACUAUCUUGAAUUCUGUACUUAUCUUAUACUAACUUAAGCUUACUGAUACUUUCUUAAAUUUAAACUACUUAUAAAAAACAACUUUACUUCUUUAUUCCACUUAAAAAAACUAUCUUGAAUUCUUUACUUAUCUUACUUAUGCUAACUUAUACUAACUUAUUCUUACUUAUACUCAAACUUACUUAUAAAACUAAUACGAAGAAACGUCCAAAUUCGACUGACUUUUUUUUCUUCUUAAUUCCACUGUAAAAAAAAGGAACUAUCUUGAAAUCCUUGCUUAGAUCACUUAUACUAACUUAUACUGACUUAAACUGCUACUUAAAACUUACUUAUAUGAAAUGAUAACGACAGGGAACUCAUAUGCAUCGUAAGUGAUAUCGAAAUAGAAUUAUAAAAAAAACUCGAAAAAAACAACAACUGAGAAAUUUUGCAGUUGUGUUUUUUUUAAUGUGUGUUUUUGAUAUGAAUAUUUUGUAUGUUUUUUUUUUUUUUUUUUAGUGACAAACAGAAAGAAAAACACAUCGACGCAACGUGGCCUCCUGAAUGUGUGUGUGUGUGUGUGUGUGUGUGUGUGUGUGUGUGUGUGUGUGUGUGUGUGUGUGUGUGUGUGUGUCUAAAUUGUUAAGUAAAAUCCAUAAGAAGAAAUGGAAGCGAUUGAAGUGAUUGGAAUAUUGUUUUUUUUUUUACUGAUUUUUUGUGUGUUUGUUUUCUACUUAAAUGGUUACUCAAGAAAGGUGAGAUUUAAUUGUUAAGUAAAAUGACAAGUAAAGAAAAUGGAAAGAAAUGAAGGUGUUUUAUAAGUGUUUGGAUUCUGUAAGUUUGUAAGUAAGUUUGUGUUUGCUUGUGUUUGUUCAGUUUCUAGUCAACUACUUAAAUGCUUACUUACAAUAGUGAGAUAUAAGUGUUAAGUGAAGAAAAGUAAAGAAAUGGAAGUGAUUUAAAUAAUAUAUAUCGAUUGUGUUUGUUAGUUUGUGUGUUCAAUUUUCUAGUCAACUACUUAAAAGAUUACUUACAAAGGUGUGUUUAAAAAGUGUAAAGUGCAGACGGGUGUGAAAAUAAGUAACUGAAGUAAUAUAUAUCGUUUGUGUUUGUUAGUUUGUAUGUUUGUUUGUGUUCAAUUUCUAGUCAACUACUUAAAGGAUUACUUACAAAGGUGUUUAAAAAGUCUAAAGUGAUAAACGAAGUCAGGUAAAGAAAUUGAAAGUAACUUAAGUAAUAUAUAUAUUGUGUUUGUUAGUUUAUACGUGUGUGUUUGUUCAAUUUCUAGUCAACUACUUAAUUAAUUACUUACAAAGAUGUGUUUUUAGUGUUAAGUGACGAUAAGUAGAGAAAUGGAAGUGAUUUAAAUAAUAUAUAUCGUUUUAGUUUGUAAGUGUGUAGUCUGAUUCAGUUUAAUUCAUGCUACAUUACUUAAAACAUUUACUUAAGGUGUGUGUGUACUUAUAAUUUUGUAGUACUGUUGAAAGUGUGUUAAUUACCGUUUGUUUGUUUUAAUGAGGAAAGACGAAGAAGAAAAGGAAGAGAAUGAUAAAAUGCAAAAAAUGGACUAAUGUAUAUUCUGUAAUGUUAAUAUUCAAACUUAUAUUUAUACUUUGGUGUGAAAAGAAAAGGACAACACUAUUUGGAAACACUAACUUAUCUUCCUUCGUUUGUGUUGUAUAUCUAUGUGUUGCAAAGUAAAACACAACUUGUAUAUUUUGUGAAUUUAUCAAUUAUUUUAACUUGAAAAAAUAACAAGAUUUGGAUAACUCUAUUUGGAAACACUAACUUAUCUUCCAUAGUUUGUGUUGUAAAUCUAUGUGUUGCAAAGUAAAACACAACUUGUAUAUUUUGUGAAUUUAUCAAUUAUUUUAACUUGAAAAAAUAACAAGAUUUGGAUAACUCUAUUUGGAAACACUAACUUAUCUUCCUUAGUUUGUGUUGUUGUAAAUCUAUGUUUUACAAAGAAAAAUACAACUUGCAUAUUUUGUGAAUAAGUUAUCAAUUAUUUUAACUUGAAAAAAAGAACAAGAUUUGGAUACACAUUUUUUUUUUUUGGAUUUUUAAGUUUGUAUUGCAUUGGUGUGAAAAAAGGCUAACACUAUUUGGAAACACUAACUUAUCUUCCUUUCAAUGAAAAACACAACUUGUAUAUUUUGUGAAUAAGUUAUCAAUUAUUUUAACUUGAAAAAAAGAACAAGAUUUGGAAACACAUUUUUUUUUUUGGAUUUUUAAGUUUGUAUUGCAUUGGUGUGAAAAAAGGUUAACACUAUUUGGAAACACUAACUUAUCUUCCUUUCAAUGAAAAACACAACUUGUAUAUUUUGUGAAUAAGUUACCAAUUACUUUAACUAGAAAAAAGAACAAGAUUUGGAAACACAUUUUCUUUUGGAUUUUUAAGUUUGUGUUUCAUUGAGUCGUAAAAAGGAAUAUGUUGCAAGAAAAAUGUGUUAGUUUGUUAUUGAAUGUGAGUAAAAACGAAGACAAAAAUGAAGAAUGUGAUAAAUGCAAAAGAACAGUAGUGUAUAAUUGAUGUUUGCACUUAUUUUUGUACGUGAAAAAGAACACAAUUUGAAACACUAACUAUGUCUUCUUAAGUUUGUAUUGCACUGACCAAGAUUGUGUUGCACUGAGUUAUAAAAGGGAUAUGUUGUAAAGCAAAACGUGUUAGUAUGUUAGUGAAAACGAAAUGGAACUGAAUGAAAGGGAAGAAGUGAAUGAAAGAAAACGUGAAAAAGAAAGAAAGAAAGAAAGAAAGAAAGAAGGAAAGGCAUUAUUUAAGUAUGUUUAGAGAACUUUUGUUUGUGAGUGAAAGGAAAAGAGUAACAAUGAGAGAGGAAAAAAAAGACACAAAUUCCCUUUUUUUGGAUAAUUGAGUUGGUGAUUGAAAGGAGAAAAAGAAACAUUGAGAUUUUUUUUGUUUAAUUUCCCUUGUGAAAGAAAAAAAAGCAUAGAUGAGAAAGAAGAAAGACAAUAUUUCCUUUUUCUUUUUGAUAAUCUUGUUUUGAGUGUGAGUGAAAGAAAAAAAAGAAAGUUAUGGUGAGGAAGAAAGAAAAAAAGACAAUUAUAUUUUUUUGUCUUUUUUGAUAAUCUUGUUUUGAGCGAGUGAAAGAGAAAGUAAACAAAAAGAAAGUAGAUCAAAACAAUAAACAAAACAAAACAAGUGGCUUAUAUCAGUGUUUUAAAACUAAGAAAAUACACGAAAAAAACAUGAAACGAAAACGGAAAACGAAAACUGGUUACAAAAACAAAGAAAACGAAAUCUUGGAUGCAAACACAAACUCGUCUAUAAUAUAUGUAAAAAAAAACACCACUUCUUCCUACUCUCGUGGUUAUGUGUGUGUGUAAGGAUGUGUUUCGAGAUGAUGGUAAAAACGAAACACUCCUGAAACUGGCAAAGGCUUGAGAAAUACUUAAAUGUUUCACCUCAAAUCAUGUUAUCUCUUGCUUACUUUAUCUUUAUCUUACUUUCCUUGCUUUCUUCGUUGUCUCUUAGCGUUUCUUACUUUUGAACUUGCUUGGUGCGAAGGUUAGGUCAGGUCAGGCCGAGUUACGUUAGGUUAGGUUAGAUUUGAACAGGAAAUAGAAUUGAACUGGAUUGAAGCUUGGAUUUAAAAUGAAGGUAAAGAUUAGGUCAGGUAAGGUUGGAGUUGGGUCAGGUACAGGUGAAAUUGAAUUAGGUAAGGUUAGGUCAAAAUUAUGUUAAACAAGGUCAGGUUCGGUAGAGAUUGUCAAGUAGAAUUGAACUGGAUUGAAGUUUGGAUUUAAAAUGAAGGUCAAAAUUAGGUCAGGUAAGGUUGGAGUUGGGUCAGGUACAGGUGGAAUUGAAUUAGGUAAGGUUAGGUCAAAGUCAUGUCAAGCAAGGUCACGUUUGGUAGAGAUUAAGUCAGGUAGAAUUGAACUGGAUUGAAAUUUGGAUUUGAAAUUAAGAUAAAAAUUAGGUCAGGUAAGGUUGGAAUCGGGUCAGUUUAGGUUGGAAGUGGGUCAGGUACAGGGGUCAGGUUAGGUUGGAAAUGGGACAGAUGAGCUUGGAAUUGGAUCAGGCAAGGUUGGAAUUAGAUCAGAUCAGGUCGGAAUGGGGUCAGGUAAAGACGGACUUGAAUUGGGUCAAGGAGAAUUGGAAGUAUGUCAAGGAAGGUCGAUACUGGGUAAAGUUAGGUCAGAGUUAGGUCACAAUCAGGUCAAAAGCCAAAAUCAGGUCAGGUCAGGACAGAAUGAGGUCAGGUCAAGUCGGAAUUGGGUCAGGUAAGGACGGCAUUGAAUUGGGUCAAGUAAGGUCAAUAUUGGGUGAAGUUAGGUCACAAUCAGGUCAAAAGCCAAAAUCAGGUCAGGUCAGGUCAGGUCAGGUCAGGUCAGAAUGAGGUCAGGUCAGGUCACAUUCCUUCAAGUUAUCAGCUCUUGGUCUCCUUCCUUUGUCCUUCCCCACCACCGAGGUUCCUAUGUUCGGCGCCGUCUGUCGCUCAUGAGGCAGGCGAGGCGCGCACCGCAAAAACACUCCUAAACACAGGUAUUUUGUAGCGUAGGUUAAUAAUUGAGUGUUUGAUUAAGGCUUUUUUAUUACCGAUGUUUUUAUUACGGAUGUUUGGUUUGUACGAAGUUGGGAUGGAAUUUGUACGAGUUAUCGAUGUUUGGUUUAUACGAAGCUGGUAUGGAAUUUGUACGAGUUAUCGAUGUUUGGUUUGUAUGCGAAGUCACGAUGAUUGGUUGGUCGGAUUUUUGUAUUUUGUGUACACGGGAACCAAGAAUUUGAUGAUGUAUUGUAUGUUUUAUUUUUUUUUUCUAUACAUGAACGGGAGAAUCACAAACAUGGAAUACGGCAAGAUUUUAAGAACUUUGAAAGCUAAGUGAAGAUUAUUAAAUACUUGGAAUACUUGAGAUAAUUCAUAUUGUAUUCAUAUCCUCUCUUUUGGAAUUUUUUUUUUUUACAGCAGAGGAAACAGUGCAAGGUCGUAAAAAAAAAAAAAUAAUGAAAAAAAAAAAAAAGCCCGCUACUUACUGCAUAAUUUCCUUAGACAACAAAUAAGGUUUCGGUAUUUUUUUGUAAGGAAAAGAAAAAGGAAAAUCGAAAUGUCAGAAAUAUUACUGAUUUUAUGAACAUUUGUCAUUUCCUUACAUACUGAAUUUUGGAUAAACAUUAAGAAAGUGCAUUUAGUUAGUGAAUUAUUUAACGAUGAGACUAACUUUUAAAUAACAAUAAAAAUAAACAGAUUAAUAAUGCUAACAAUAAUAUUUCAGAACAUAUUUAGAGUUAGCGAAAAAUAUUAUGAUGUACUUAAAAUGAAAAAAAAAAAAUAAAUUAGAAUGAAAAUGUCAUUAGUUAGUAAAAACAAAGAAAAAUAAGGAAAAAAAUUACUUACUAAAAUUUUAACAAUAAUAAUUAAAAAAAAAAAGUUACUAAUAUACUAAAAUUCAACUUUUUAACACAAACUUAAACAAAAACAAACAAAACCGUAUUAGAUGUUUGUGAUAAUCUCGCCCCAAACAAAACCACAAACAAACAAACAUACAAACACACAAACAAAGAGAGCAAAUUGUAUCCAUAUUUACUUCACCUCUGUUUGUGUGUUUGUGUGUUUGUUUGUGACUCAUUAUGCACACGAGUAUAUUUUUGAAAACUUGUUGAUGUUGUUGAUUAAUUUUUUUUGUAUGCAGUGAAAAAAAAAGUUUAUUAUCAAUGUAGAGGCGAAAACAUUAAGGAAAAGGAAAGUUGUAGAUUAGGAAGAAGAAAGGAAAAGAGGGAAAAGGGGGAAAGGGAAAAUAGGAAAGGGACAUUUGUAGAUGUAGAUUAAUAGGAAAAGGGAGAGAGAAAGGAGAAGGGGUAGAUUAGGAAAAGGCAAAGGAAGGAAAAAGAGAAAUAUGAAAUAGGACGAGACGGAAAAAGAACAGGAAAGGAAAAGAUGAAGGAAAAUAUGAAAAAAGGAAAUAUGGAGAUGGAGAGUAAAAAAAAGAAAAAUGGAAGGAAAUGGAAAAGAAAGGAAAAACAGGAAUGAAAAAGAGAAAAAUGAAAAGGAAAAUUAAGAGGAAAAAGUGUGAAACGGAAAGAUAAGAGAAAAAAAGAAAGGAAAUGGAAAAGGCAAGAAAAAAGAAACGAAAAAAUGAAAUGAAAAAAAAAUGAAGAGGAAGGGAGAGAAAGGAAUAGAAAUAACAUACAACAGAAAGACAAUUAAAAGAAAGGCAAGGAAAGGAAUAAUAUGCAAAAAUAGAUAAAAUUAAAAAGGAAUGAUAAUUUAAGCGAUGGAGAAUUAUGAAAAGGAAGGCAAAGAGGAAAAAAAAAAAAAACUUGCAACAGGAAAAGAAGGAAAAAGGAAAGGAAUGAAAGUGAGAAAUAGAGAAAAAGACAGAUUAAAUUAGAUUAUAGAGAGUUGAAUGGAAUGGAAGAGGAAGAAAAAAAGUGGAAUGGGAUAAAAUGAAACGAGAGAAAAGUUGAAAGCAGUAAAAUAGAAUGAAAAGGAAGUGAAAAGGAAUGAGAGAAGGAAAAGAUGAGAGUAAUAAUAAUAAUAAUAAUAAUAAUAAUAAUAAUAAUAAUAAUAAUAAUAGGAUACACACAAAAAUAAAUAAAAGGAAGAAACUGAAAAUGGUUAAUAACAAAAUAAUAAAAGUAAAAGAAAGCGAGAAAAAGCGAAAAUUAAAUACCAACCAAAAUAUAUAAAAUAAGACAGAAAAAGAUAAUAUAUUCAAAAGAAAAACAAAAGAAUGAAUAAAAGAAGAAAAGAAAAGAAUAGACGACAGAAACAAAAUACAUGAUGGGAAAAGAAAAGAAGUUAAAAGAUUGAAACGAAAGAAAAAUAUACGAAAAGAAAAUAAGGAAAAUAGAACGAGAAAAAAAUGAAUUAGAAAAAUAACAGAAAACUAUGAAAACAGGAAACUAAAACUUGGAAAAACAAACAAACUAAGAAAAACAAGAAAAAAAUAAGACGAGGAGAAAAAAAAAAACAAGAAUAUAAGACGAGAAAAACAAAACGAAAAUUAACAGAAAAACGAAACUAAGAGAAAUAAAAAAAAAAUAGUGUAAAUAAUAAAAUAGCAGAGAAAAAAGGAAAAAAAUAAUGGAAAAGAAGAAAAAUCAGGAAAAGACCAAGAAGAAAAGGAAGAAAAAUGGAAAAGCUUAACCCAUUAACUUCACCAUCAAAUAGAUCACCCCCUUAACAAGUAUCAAAGCCUUUAACACAAAAAAGGCAAACAUCUUAAAACCCUAGUAAGCCCCCCUUAAUACAACCUUCCCCUACCCCUCAUUCCCCCCCUCAACCUAACCUCUCCCCUUAGCAAAUUCAACCCUAUCAACCCAUUAGCUCUUUCCUCCCUCUGCAUCUAUUUUCAAUCCAUUAUACUUAUCCCCUGUUACUCCCAUUAACGAUACCAUUACCUAGUUACUGAUUCAUAUAUUAGCCCAUUAGAUGUCCCUUCCACUAGCAAAACGAUUAUCAAUUUAUCAGUUUUUUCACUCAAUAUCUCUUAAUACCCUUCCCAUUAGUCAUCACCCAUUAACUCUCCUAUUAACCCUCCCAUUUCCCAUUGCAUUCACUCAAAAUUUCCUCUUCCAUUAGCUUUUUCAUCUCUCUUUAUUCCACCAUUAACUCUCCCAUUAGAACUUACAUUAGUUAUCCCAUUAGUCCUCUCACUCCCCCAUACUUUUCACCCCCUUAGCUCCGUCCCCCCAUUCAACCCUUAGGACCCCCGGUAGCCCCCCUUAAUGUUUCCACCGCGACUCAGGGCAGAUGUCUCGUCAGCGAGGGCAGGUGAGGGGCACUGGCCGCCACCUGAGCUAAGGGCCACACCUGUCCCUCCAGAUCCCUGCUUACCUGAGUGUUGAUUACAAUGAUGAUGAUGAUGUUACCUGUGCUACUACUACUACUACUACUACUACUACUACUACUACUACUAUUACCUCUCCUUCCUCCUUCUGCUCCUCUUCCUACUACUGUUACUACUACUACUACUACUACUGCUACUACUACUGAUAUCCAUUUAUGACAAUCUAAGUGUUUUUUUUUUUUCUUCUUCAUUGUGUGUGUUUAAUCAUGAUACAUACAUACAUGCACACAUACAUACAUACAUAGACUUACACAGGAAUAUACACACGCGCGUUCUGGUGUAAAUACGUCCACACACACACACACACACACACACACACACACACACACACACACACACACACAGCAAUCAUCAUUAUUAUUAUUCAACUCAAACUUUUUUUUUUUUCACUUAUUUCCGAAAAACUUAUAAAAACGUGAAAUGAAGAAAAACGAAGAAAAAUAACAACAAUAAUAAUAAUAAUAAUAAUAAUAAUAAUAAUAAUAGUAAUAAUUAGAAGAUAAAUUCCCCACUUGAAAAGAAAGGAAAAAAAUAAUAAUGUAAAUAAAACAAGAUAGGAAAGAAAAUAAAAAGCGUGAGAAAAAAAUACAGACCGUGGGAAAAAAUAUCAGACCGUGGGAAUAUUUAGCCCAGCGUGGGAAAAUAUAGAUUAAUUAACUAACAGACGCAGAUGAGACGAGCACAGGUAUUACGAAGGUGUGUCUCUACCUGUUGAACACUCCGCCCCGCCCCCCACCCCCUCCGCCCCCCCUAAUAGUGCCCUCGCCCCCCCUCCCUCCCUCCCCUUCCCUCUGAAAACGUUCGGUGAAAUAAAAAUCAAAUGAAAAAUGAUGAAGUAAUUGAAAAAGGAAAAGGAAACUGAAUGGAAAAGAAGAAAAUAAGAGAAAAAUGAAGAAAAUAAUGAUGAAGAUAAAAAUAAAACAUGUAGAUUUUUUUUUAUUUGUUUUAAAAGAACGUGAAAAGAAUUUAUAUUAUGACUAAACGAAAUGAACGUUCAUGGAUUUUUUUAGUACGAUACAUUUUCGCAAAAACGAUGAAGAGCGAAAAAGGCUGAAAAACAAAUAAAAAAAAAUACAUAACUGGCCUAUUUUACUUAAAGGAAUAUUAAUACAAGCUUCAUCUUCGUCAAAACAAAUGAAUAAAAAAUUAAAGGAACACAUUCAAAGGAAGUUAAUAUUUUUCUUUUACUCCACUGAAAAAAAAGUUAAAUAUGAAAAAAUAACGUUUAUAUAAUUUUUUUUUUAUUAUUUAGUUUAUUUCGUAAAAGCAAAGGAGCAGAACAUAGGAAGAUUAUGAAUGCAAGAAUAAAAAAUAAAAUAAAAUAACGAAAGAUGAAAAGAAAAAAAACAUAUCAGCUGACCUUUUUUAACUUCACAUCAUCAAAAAAUCUAAAUAAAUUCACGAAAAACAAACACGAUCAAAAAAAGUACAUACAAUCUUUUUAAACUUCACCAUCACCAAAAAGAUCAAAUAAAAACAAAGGAAAACAAACAAACAAAUAUAAAUACAUGCCGAGUAAGGUCAGGGCCGGGUCUCCCCCCCUGUGGCGUGACGUGGACCCUACCGCUGCUCAAUUACCUGGAGGGGCCACAAAAGUAACUCGCCCUUCCAUCACUGUUUCUUACCUGACGUCGAUUUCUGGGGAGCCGCGCGCCGCCACAGGCCUGGGGGAGACGCGGACGAGAGGAGGUGAGGGAAAAUAAUAACAAGAAAAGUGAAGAAAAGAAGGUGAGGUUAUGGGGAAGAGUGAAAGAUGAGGAGGUGAGGGAAAAUGAUAACAAGAAAAGUGAAGAAGAGAAGGUGAGGUUAUAGGGAAGAGUGAUGGAUGAGGAGGUGAGGGAAAAUAAUAACAAGAAAAGUGAAGAAGAGAAGGUGAGGUUAUAGGGAAGAGUGAUGGAUGAGGAGGUGAGGGAAAACGAUAACAGUAAAAGUGAAGAAGAGAAGGUGAGGUUAUGGGGAAGAGUGAUAGAAGGCAGAGAAGAAUGAGAUUAGAGAAAGUAGAAGAAAAAAUGAAGCUACAGAGAAAUGACGUUACAGAGAAAUGAAGUUACAGAGAAAUGCAGUUAUAGAGAAAUGAAGUUACAGAGAAAUGAAGUUACAGAGAAAUGAAGUUACAGAGAAAUGAAGUUACAGAGAAAUGAAGUUACAGAGAAAUGAAGUUACAGAGAAAUGAAGUUACAGAGAAAUGCAGUUACAGAGAAAUGAAGUUACAGAGAAAUGAAGUUAUAGAAAAAUGAAGUUACAGAGAAAUGGAGUUACAGAGAAAUGCAGUUACAGAAAAAUGAAGUUACAGAGAAAUGAAGUUAUAGAAAAAUGAAGUUACAGAGAAAUGGAGUUAUAGAGAAAUUAAGUUACAGAGAAAUGAAGUUACAGAAAAAUGAAGUUACAGAGAAAUGAAGUUAUAGAAAAAUGAAGUUACAGAGAAAUGGAGUUAUAGAGAAAUUAAGUUACAGAGAAAUGAAGUUACAGAAAAAUGAAGUUAUAGAGAAAUGAAGUUACAGAGAAAUGCAGUUACAGAGAAAUGAAGUUACAGAAAAAUGAAGUUAUAGAGAAAUGAAGUUACAGAGAAAUGAAGUUACAGAAAAAUGAAGUUAUAGAGAAAUGAAGUUACAGAGAAAUGAAGUUACAAAGAAAUGAAGUUACAGAGAAAUGAAGUUAUAGAGAAAUGAAGUUACAAAGAAAUGAAGUUACAGAGAAAUGAAGUUACAGAGAAAUUUCAAAGAAGGAAAGGAAGUUAGAGAUGAACGAAGAUAAAGUAUGAAAGGAUAAAUAAGGAAGACCAAGGAAAGGAAGCAAGAGAGAAGAGAAAGAGAAGGAAAAGAAUCUAGAGGAAAAGAAAUAGAAAAAGGAAAAAGAGAAGAAAGAGGAGAGAGAAAACAGUUAAAGAAAAAAGAGAAAAAGAAUGAGAUUGUGGACGAAAGUAAAAGAAGAAAGAGAAGAAUAAAAGAAAGAAAAAUGACGUUAGAGAAAUAAUAAAUAAACAGGAAAAAGAAGAAUUUGAGAUUGAAGGAAGUGGAAUAAGGAGGAAAAUAAAGAAAAGUAGAAGGAAGUGAAUUGAAAAUGAAGAUGAUAAAGGAAUAAGCGAAACAAAUAGAAAAUAAGGAAGAAAUAAAAGGAAGAUGAGGAAAUAAUGAAGGAUGAGGAGAAAGAAGGACAGGAAAGGAAAGAAAAAGAAGAAAAGAGAAAGAAACGAAAGAAAAGAAGGAAGGAAAAGAAGGAAGAGAAAGGGAGGGAAGGAAAGAGGGCCAAAAAACAAAGUAAAGAAAAUAAACAAAACAAGGAAAACAAAGAAAAAAAUAAACAGGUAGAGAUUCCCACACAGCAAAAAACAAAACAAAAAAAUCAACAAAGAAAACAAAAGUAAGCAAGUAAACAAGUAAACAAGUAAACAAACAGUCUUUUUAAUAAUAUCUGUCUUGUCUGUCUGCCUGUCUGUCUGUCUGUCUGUCUGUCUCGUCCUUGCUUAAAAAUACUAGUAAUAAUAAUAAUAAUAAUAAUAAUAAUAAUAAUAAUAAUAAUAAUAAUAAUAGUAAUAAAACAAAUCUUAUUACUUACAACUUCACUUUAUUACUUAUCUUAAUACUUAUAUUAGCUCGCAAGUCUUUAAGUAGAGAGAAUUUAAUAAAGCUUUAGAAUUUAGUGACACAAAUUAGACCUAGGUAGUUUACUUAUAAAUAGGCCUACUACUACUACUACUACUACUACUACUACUACUACUACUACUACUACUACUACUACCACUACUCCUACUACAAGACUGGGAUUACUACUACUACUACGAUUGCUACUUAAAUGACUAGGACUACUACUACUACUACUACUACUACUACUACUACUACUACUACUACUACUACUACUACUACUACUACUACUACUACCAUUACUACUACUACUACUACUACAUAAGAAUUAACUGAGAAAUAUCUUUAUAUAUAUUUAAAUCUCUCUCUCUCUCUCUCUCUCUCUCUCUCUCUCUCUCUCUCUCUCUCUCUCUCUCUUUAAUUGAGCUAACUAUCUUUAGAAAUCAUCACACACGUUUUUUUUUCUUUAUUCUCUCUCUCUCUCUCUCUCUCUCUCUCUCUCUCUCUCUCUCUCUCUCAAUACACACACACACACCUUACAUCAAAGUCUUCUACAAAAUUAAAGAAAAAUAGAGAUAAAAGAAAACUAAUUCACUCACUCACUCACUCACUUUCUCUAACUCUAAUAAAGAAAAUAAAGAUAGGAAGCCACAGACUCUCUCUCUCUCUCUCUCUCUCUCUCUCUCUAGUGAAAGAUCUUACCGCAGAAAAGAUAAUUAAAGAAAAAAAGAAAGAAAGAAAGAAAGAAAGAAAGAAAGAAGCAAGAAACGGUCUGUACAUAUAUUUUCUUUUCCUCUUUUUUUUCCUCCUCCUCCUCCUCCUCCUCCUUCUCUUCCUCUUCCUCCUCUUAAUUUUUUUCCUUUACUUCCCUCUCUCGUUCUCAUUCUUCUUAAAGAGAAAAAAAAUUGGGUUUCAAGAGGAAAAGGAACAUAUAUAUAUUACUUUUCAAGAGGAAGAGGAAAGAUAUGUUGUGUUUUGUUAAGAGGAAAAAGAGAAAGAGGAAAUAUAAGGCUGGAUUUAGUAUGAACAAAGAGGAAAAUAAGUUAGUUUUGUCAGGAGGAAGAGGAACUAUUGAUGGGUUUAAGAGGAAGAGGAAGAGAAAAUAAGAGUUGGGUUUUGUUAGGAAGAAGAAGAGGAAAGAUUAUGUUAGGGUUCAAAAAGAAGAGGAAGAGGAAAGGUUUGAUGGGUUUUGUUAAGAGGAAAAGGGAUAUUAGGUCACUUUUCAAGAGGAAGAGGAAAGAAUACUGUUUUGCAAUAAGGAAGAGUACAUGUUGGUUUCAGGAGUAAGAGGAAGAGGAAACAUUGCUGGGUGUGGUUAAGAGGAAGAACAGAAAUUUGUUAGCUUUCAAGAGGAAGAGGAAUGAUGUUCUGUAAAUUUAAGAGGAAAAAAAUAAUGGCGGUUUUGUUAAGAGAAAAAGAGGAAGAGGAGAUAAGCUUGUGUUUCAAGAGGAAGAGGAAAGAUGUGCUGGGUUUUAAAAGGAAAAAGUAAGAGGAAAUAAGCUUGUGUUUCGAGAGGAAGAGGAGAGAUGUGCUGGAUUUUAAGAGGAAAAAGAGGAAGAGGAGGAAAGCUUGUUUCGAGAGGAAGAGGAAAGAUAUUUUGGGUUUUAAGAGGAAAAAGAGGAAGAGGAGGAGAGCUUGUGUUUCGAGAGGAAGAGGAAAGAUAUUUUGGGUUUUGUUAAGAGGAAAAAGAGGAAGAGGAGGAAAGCUUGUAUCGAGAGGAAGAGGAAAGAUGUGCUGGGUUUUAAGAGGAAAAAGAGGAAGAGGAGAUAAGCUUGCGUUUCGAGCGGAAGAGGAAAGAUAUUUUGGGUUUUGUUAAGAGGAAAAAAGAGGAAGAGAAGUGUUUUGUUAAGAGGAGAAAGAGGAAGAGGAGAUAAUUUUGGUGUUUCAAGAGGAAGAGGAAGAAGAAACAUUUGUUGGAUCUAAAGAGGAAGAGGAAAGAUGUAUUGGGUUUUAAGAGGAAGAAAAGGAAGAGGAAAAUUAAGCUAGUUUAAGAGGAAAAGGAAAAAAUAAAUGAUAUAUAAGUUAGAAAUGGCAAGAGGAAAGAAGAGGAAGAGGAAAGAUAAUUAGGUAUUUUCAAGAGGAAUAGUUAGUUAACGAAGAGGAAGAAGAAUAACACACACACACACACACACACACACACACACACACACACACACACACACACACACACACACUAAUCAACAUCCAUUUUUCUUCUUUUCUUUCAUUGUUUAAACAAGACAAAAACAAAACAAAACAAAACAAAAACGAACACACAAACAAGAUGACCCACUUUCCCUUUCUUAAAACAAAACAAGACAUAAACAAGUAAACAAACAAACAAACAAACAAACAACGAUCGUUACUCAAGUGCCUUUCGCUUAAACAAGGAAAAGAAAAACAACAAUGAAAAUAAACAAGGAAAAAAAGAAAAGAAAAGAACAGAGGAAAUUAAUAACAAUCUUUUCAUGCAUAGCUUUUUUCCUACGAUUUUUUUCUUAAUAAGUGAAAAAAAGGAAAAUAAAACAAGGAAAAUAAACAAGGAAAAUAAACAAGGAAAAAAAGAAAAGAAAAUAACAGAGGAAAUUAAUAACAAUCUUUUCAUGCAUAACUUUUUUCCUACGAUUUUUUUUCUUAGUAAGUGAAAAGAAGGAAAAAAGAAGGAAAAUAAACAAGGAAAAUAAACAAGAAAAAAAAAGAAGAAAAUAACAGCGGAAAUUAAUAACAAUCUUUUCAUGCAAAACUUUUUUCCUACGAUUUUUUUUUCUUAAUAAGUUAAAAAAAAGAAGGAAAAUAUGAGAAAAGCAGGAAAAUGAGUGAAAAAAAUGUGAAAAGAAAGAAAAAAGGAAGAAAAUAAGAAGGAAAGUGAAUGAAGAAAAUGAAAAGAAAAGAAGACAAAAAAAGAAACAAAGGAAGGAAAAAAAUAUAUAACAAGAGAAACGAAAAGAAAAGAAAACAAAAGAAAACAAAAAAGUGAAAAAUUAAAGAAAACAAAAAGAGGAAAAAGAGGAAAGAGGAAAAGAAAGAAAGUGAAUAAGAAGAAAAAUAAGAAAAAUAAAUAAAAAAAGGAGAAAUGAAAAAAUGAAUAAAGAGGUGAAAAGGAAAGUGAAAAAAGAGGAAAAAGAAAGGAAAAAAAGGAAAACAAAGAAAAAGAGGAAGAGGAAGAAGAGAAAAACAAAGAAGAGGAAUGAAAAGAAAACAAAAAAUAAAGAGGAAAAGAUGAAGAAGAGGAAGAGGAAGAAAAUAAAAACAAAGAAGAGGAAUAAGAAGAAAACAAAAAAUAAAGAGGAAAAGAUGAAGAACAAGAGGAAGAGGAAAGAGGAAGAAGAGGAAAACAGAAUAAAGAAUGAAAAGAAAAUAGGAGACGAAGAAAAAGAGGAAAAGAAGAAGAAGAAGAGGAAAAGGAAGAGGAAAGAGGAGGAGGGGAAACUAAGGGAAAGGAGAAAGAGGAAAAAUCAAUAAAGGAGAACUAAAGAAAAUGGGAAAGAGAAAACGGAGGCGUCUUGAAGGGGGACGGAGAGAAAACGAGAGAGAGAGAGAGAGAGAGAGAGAGAGAGAGAGAGAGAGAGAGAGAGAGAGAGAGAGAGAGAGAGAGAGAGAGAGAGAGAGAAGAGAAGGAAAGGAAGAGAAGAGAGGAGGAGGAAGAGGAGGAAAUAUUGAAGAAAAAGAUUAAUAUGAGAGAGAGAGAGAGAGAGAGAGAGAGAGAGAGAGAGAGAGAGAGAGAGAGAGAGAGAGAGAGAGAGAGAGAGAGAGAGAGAGAGAGAGAGAGAGAGAGAGAGAGAGAGAGAGAGAAUCAAAACAACGAAACUAAAUGAACGAAAAAGAAAAGAAAAUUAAAGAAAAUAAAAAAUAAAAGAAAAGGAGGAGGAAAAAAAGGGAGAUAAAGAGAGAGAGAGAAAGAAAGAGAAUGAGAUAAUAAAAGGGAAAGUAAAAAAAAGAGAAAGGAAGGAAAAAUAUGAAUGAAAAAAGGAAAAGAGAAAAAAUAAAAAAUAAUGAAAAAAAAGUUAAGGGGAAGGAAAACGAGAAACGAAGGAAAAGAGAGAAAUCAGGAAAAGAGGAAAAUAAUUCAAAGGAAAAGAUAAAGGAAAGGAAAGGAAAUAAGGAGGAAAAAGACCAAUACCAAGAGGUUAAAUAAGGAAAAAAAUAAAUAAAAUGAGCGAGGAAAAUACAAAAGAAGGAAAAUGAGAAAAAGAAGAAGAAAAGAAAGAAGGAAAAAAGAAGGAAGGAAAUAGGGAAAAAGAAGGAAAAUAAUAGUAAGAAAGGAAGGAAAGAAGGAAAAUGAAAAGAAUAAGGAAGGAGAGGGGAAAAAAGGAAGAAAAUAAGAGGAAGAAGGAAAAAUAGAAGGAAAAUAAUAAGGAAAGAAUGAAAAACAGAAGGAAAAUAAUAAUAAUAAUAAUAAGAAAGAAAAGAGAAAAAAUAAAUGAAAACAAAAACAAACGGAGAGAAAAUAAGAAAAAAAAAGAUUUAAAAAUAAAAUAAACAAAAUAAACAAAUAAAAAAAGAAAGAAAUCAACAAACAAACAAACAAAACAAAAACAACAACAACAGCAAAUAUUUACCUCAAACAAGAAAAAACAACAACGAAGCAGAAAAAAAGGAAAACAACAACAACAACUUCCAGGAAUUUAUUUAACGAAAGUUUGCACCGACGAACGAACGAACGAACGAACUCCUGUAUUCAUUCCUUUAAAAUAUAUUCAUACAUUCAUACAGUCAUACAGCAAGAGCAAUAACUUUAGUAUAAUAAUAAUAAUAAUAAUAAUAAUAAUAAUAAUAAUAAUAAUAAAAAUAAUAAAAAUACAUUAUUAAACAUAUUCUUAUUAUUAUUACUAGAAGCGAAGUAUACAUAGAAGCAGCAGGAUUUUUUAAAGAUAGCUCUAAUUAUCUCUAAUCUCUCUCUCUCUCUCUCUCUCUCUCUCUCUCUCUCUCUCUCUCUCUCUCUCUCUCUCUCUC